AUUCCACGUUCACCAAGUCUGGGAGGCUUUGUGGCUAACGACCAGAAGGAAUCUGAAACUGAAGGGUGCUUUGUGAAAAUUGCUGAAACUUUGAAAAUGGCAGUGGAUACAAGAACAGUAUUAGGGCCUUGUAGAAAUCUCAAUCUAACUCAUCUGAAAGAAACUACCAAUUUGGAAGAUGUAAAGUGUUAUAACACUAACUCCAAACAAACGAACUCGGAGAGAGAGCUCUUAGAUUACAAGUCGUACGUCUCAUCAAGAUGCAGAAAUGAAGAUCUAGAAGACGAUGAUGAUAUUACUAACAUGUUGAAGAAUAUUCCUCAAAUUGAGAAACUCUUUCAAGUGAAGGAAAAGAUUGGUGAGGGAACUUUCAGUAAGGUCUUUAGAGCUUCUUUGAAGGGGAGAGGAAACUCGAAGGAAGAUUUUGCAUUGAAAUACUUAGUUCCAACUAGUCACCCUCAAAGGAUUGCAAAUGAACUUCGAUGCAUGAAGGAAGUUGGAGGCUCCUGUAACGUGAUGAACGUUGAACUUUGUCUGAUGGAGCGAGGCCAUGUUGUAAUUAUUAUGCCUUUCUUUCCUCAUGUCUUGUUUUCGGAUUGCGUGAGAAGUAUGACGAAAGAGGAAGUAAAAGAUUAUAUGAAAAACCUUUUACAGGCACUAACGAAGAUCCACGAAAAAGGAAUCAUUCAUAGAGAUGUUAAGCCAAGCAAUUUCUUGUACAACAAGAAAUUAAAACGGUAUGCUUUAGUUGAUUUUGGACUUGCUCAGUACAUGAAAGAAAUCGAGUCUCGAGAAAAAACUGAGGUUUCUAGGCCUCCGUGUGGAGUACUGACUAAUAGAAAUUCCCAGGAAACUCCUGAGAAAUCCAGGGAGAAACACAAGGACCACCUGAAAACAUGUUCUUCCCAAAGUACAAUAACACCCAGGAAGAGACCAAGAAGUGUCAACCAAGAAAAUGAGGUCUUUUUCUCUAAUGUUCAUCGUAACAAGAAAGCAUUUUGUGAAUCUUCUAACGCUGUAGGCCACCAAGGCUCAUUAGUCUCAAGUCAUCCUCAGUAUUCUGUGACACCCCUAAAACCUCUUGAUAAUUUUGAUCCAGUUCCAAAACGAACUCCUCAUCUACAACUAGCGAGGAAGAAUCCCAACACCGUGACUAAAAUCCCACCUGUGAGAAAUGAGCCAAGAAUGGUAAAGUUUGAAGGCAACCAUGUCCGACUUAGUGGUGGCUAUAUCAGUAGCAAUGCACGAAAACAGAGCUGUGGUUGUUUUGGGAAGCCACAAGUUUGUAACAUCUGUUUAAGUAGGUUACAAGAAGUUGCUCCAAGAGCUGGUACUCCUGGGUUCAGAGCUCCUGAAGUGUUACUAAAAUAUAAGGGACAAACUACAGCCAUUGAUGUAUGGUCAGCUGGGGUGAUAUUUCUAUCUCUCUUAAGUGGACGUUAUCCCUUUUUUCGAGCCACAGAUGAUUUAACCUCUCUAGCAGAAAUUGCAACAGUUAUCGGAACCACCAGGCUACAAGAGUCGGCUCAAAAAUUAGGUAAAAAGGUGACCAUGAGUUGUCAAAAGCCAUCCUUAAAGCUGAACAUUUUGUGUAAGCAGUUACGAGGUUCUGGUAGAGAAACGACCUUUCCUGAAAGUGCCUACGAACUUUUAGAAUCUAUGAUGGAUCCUGACCCGUUCACUAGAAUUUCUGCACAUGCUGCACUUCAGCAUGCUUACUUUGAAACUUGUGCGACCUCUAGUGUGUAAAUCAUAUAUUUUAA